CUUCUUUCCAGUAUUAGGUUCUAUAGCUAGGAAGCAUAAACUGAUCAUGUCCCAACAAAAUAAAACUUAUAGAGACGCUUUUGCUCUUUUCGAUAAAAAGGGUACCGGAAAGAUUCCAGUUGAACACUUGGGUGACUUGUUAAGAGCAGUUGGCCAAAACCCAACUUUAGCUGAAAUUUCCGAUUUACAAAGUGGAAUUGGUGCAAAUGAAUUUGAUUUCGAAACUUAUCAAAAAAUCAUUGACAGACCUGGUGGAUUCAAACCUUUGGGUCACCCAGAAGAAUACAUAAAAGGUUUCCAAGUUUUCGAUAAAGAAAACACCGGUUACAUUGGUGUUGGUGAAUUGAGAUACAUUUUGACUUCUAUUGGUGAAAAAUUAACCGAUUCUGAAGUCGAUGAAUUAUUGAAAGGUGUCAAUGUCACUUCCGAUGGUAAUGUGGACUACGUUGAAUUUGUUAAAUCCAUUUUGGAUCAAUAAUUGUGUUGUUU